AUGGCUGCAUCCAAGACGCCCUCCUUCCCCCACCUGCUCUACGUCUACCCCUGGAUGCCCUUCCGGCGGCGCGUCAUCAUCCACCGCGAGAAGGGCAUCCACGACGCCGUGGAAAUCGGCCAGUCCAUGGCGAUCCUGAACUACCUCGAGGACAUGUGCGCCGCGGGCGCCAUGGAGCUCCCCGGCGCCCGCGAGGGAGAUGCUGCGCUGAGUCAAGCGCGCCCUGGCGGCCGGCAAGACCAUGCUGAGGGAGGACCGCGAGCGGCAGGCCGUACACACCAGUGCUUUGCCCUCAUGGCUACUCGCGGUGCAGCGGUCAACGUGGCCGACGUUGUGCUCUACCAGUUCCUCGAGUUUGUCGACGACUGCUACGGCGUCGACAUCACCGUCGGCUCGGGAGAGGUCGUGACUAAUGUCUACGGACUUCAAGUGAAGGAUUCGUUUCCUAUGUUGGUGGAGUUUUAUACCGAGUUCAAAAAGAGAGACUCUGCAAAGAGGACCGAGGGUGCCGGCGAGAAGCCUCCUGCGUGGGCUCUGGCUGUCAUGACCAAGUGGGCCGAUGGUGUUUUGUAA